UGUCUUUUAUGGCUCGUUCCGUUAUUAUCACCUGUUGGGCGCUUCUACAAUUUGACGAAAACUUUACAUAUUACCUAUGAAACACAGGCAAGUGGCGGCAGUCUCCUUAUCAUUGGCUAUUCUUUGGAUAGCUGCGGUACUGCUUCUGUAUGGUGACCAACAAAGGUCUAUCCGAGAACUCAUCUACAUACAGCGACAAGAACGCAGCUCGCAGAACACGAGAAUCGUCUAUACGUUUUCUUCCCUCGAUGUAUCGUUCGGGUCUCCAAAGAGCGCUAAGGUCGAAGCAAAGCUCAGUGGUAUUUCACUCGAGUUCCAAGAAAAUGUGAAGCCACGGAACACUGAAAUACUGCUGGUCGGUGGAAACCGAAGCCUGAGCAAUGCGGAUCUGCCGGCAAAGAUACUUAAACCGGAGCGACACACCACUGUGAAUGACACGGCUGUGAAAGAAGGCUGGAAGCUGCACGCGUUCAAUCAAAUUAUGAGCGACAAGAUCUCUCCUAUCAGAAGUCUUCCUGAUGCGCGUCAUCCGGCGUGCCACGAUCUCAAGUACCCGGAAAAGCUUCCAGACACCAGUGUGGUGAUCUGCUUUCGCAACGAGGCUUGGAGCACGCUUCUUCGAACAGUCCACAGUGUCAUACACAGGUCACCGAGCCAAUUGUUGAGAGAGAUCAUCCUCGUUGAUGACUUCUCGGACAUGAAACACUUAGGCGAAGAACUGGACGCCUAUGUAGCCCACCUCCCAAAAGUGCGACUAUUAAGGUUGAAGAAGCGCGAAGGACUCGCGCGAGCUCGUAUGGCCGGAACAGCAGUGUCCACUGGCGCUGUCAUCACAUUCCUCGACUCCCACUGCGAAUGCACCAGUGGUUGGUUGGAGCCACUCCUCGAUCGGAUAAGCCGCGACCCGACGACUGUUGUGUGCCCCGUCAUUGACACCAUAAAUGACGACACCUUUCAGUACGUCGUGGGUCAUUAUGACACUGUCCAAGUUGGAGGUUUCGAUUGGGGUCUUAACUUCAGAUGGCACGUUGCUCCAGAACGCGAAGUGAAGCGGAGACGAUUCUCCUGGGAACCCUUGCGAAGUCCCACAAUGGCCGGCGGGCUCUUUGCCAUAGACAAGGCCUUCUUCGAGAAGUUGGGGAUGUACGACGAUGGCAUCGAAAUUUGGGGCGGCGAGAACCUCGAACUUUCCUUCAAGAUCUGGAUGUGUGGCGGAACGUUGGAGGUAGUGCCGUGCGCUCGCGUGGGCCACGUGUUUCGCGCGCGGAAUCCCAACGUGGGUACAUUGGACUUGAGUCGCCUCACACGGAAUUCUAUGCGUGUAGCUGAAGUCUGGCUGGAUGAUUAUGUCAAAUACUUCUACGAACGGAUAGGGAGCGUAGACAGGGACAUCGGCGAUGUUGAACCUCGUAAGGCCCUACGACGCAAGCUACGGUGCAGGUCGUUCGGCUGGUACUUGGACACUGUCUACCCGGAGUUGUUCGUUCCCGACAAGGCAGUAGCGUCUGGGGAAAUCCAGACCCAGGUGGAGCGACGACGCCUGUGCGUCGACCUUCCAGCUGAGAGGCCACGGGCACCAAUCUUAGUGCAUGGAUGCCACGGACCAGGCAACAAUCAGAACUGGUAUUUGACAAUCGCAGGCGAAAUUCGCAGAGACGAGUCUUGCUUCGACUAUGAUGGCACAAGUGAAGAUGUUAUGUUGUAUAGGUGUCACGGCUGGUUUGGAAAUCAACAAUGGGUCUAUAAUCAUGAUUCAGGAAUGAUAUACCACGUUAUUAGUAAGAAAUGUGUAGGCAUGUCUUCAGAUGCAAAAAAGCUCCGCAUGGAACGGUGCAACGAAACUGGAAGGCAGCGAUGGCAGUUUCAACACUAUAGAAAACCUUGAAUAUGUUUAUUUAUUUAUUUAUUUAUUCUAAAUACACCCAAGGGCCCAAAAGGCAAGGAUAUUCCUCAUGUUUCAAGCUUGAAGACACACCCGAAUAAUACCGCGCAUUUGCCAACGCACACGUGUUCUUUUCUUUUCUUUUUUCUACUUUUUUCUUUGGUAUGGGGCCCAACUAAAUAAAAUAGUUCGUUAUAUU